AUGUCCUCUGAGGGAUCUCCAAAUGGCAUGGGCCACCGCCGCAGCUCCAUCACACAGGCGGCUCUCUCCAACCUCUUCCAACGAGGCCCGUCCAAUGCUUCGAAUGGUGGCAACAGUCAAAUGAACAGUUUUGAUCCUCAGAGACGGCGGUUAUCUGUUACUACAAUCGGCCUUUCAGGAACAUCCCCCACCAACCCGCCGAGUUUCAACAUGCGCCGCGGUAGCAUGUCCACCAACAACUCCGACUCCAUCGACGAAAGUGCAAUCGAAGAUGAGGACAUGCCCGGCGCCGCUAGAACCGCCCCGAAUACGCCCUUUGUCCGUAGGAUGAGCUUCGGUGCUUCAGCCAUGAGAGGAUACCGCCCUGGUGGCAAUAGCCCUGGCAAUGGUAAUAACCCAGCUUCUUCUCCCCCAUCAUCUCUCGGGCGAAGAACCUCGCAAAAUCAAGGCUCUGCGAUCGGUGCUGCUCUUUCUGCGGCCGGCCGUCGAGCCAGUACUGCGACGUCUUCUGCCGCAGCUGCACAGGCAAGCAACACCAUGCCUUCAAGAGCCCCUUCUGACAAUGCCAAUUCUCGUGCAGACCAGCAGGGCUUCAACUGGUCCGAGCAACUUAGGUCUCGAGCUGAGAGCUCCGUCUCCGGCGGUCCACGCCCUUCAUUUUCGCUAGCUUCCUCGCCACCAAGAGGAACAUCCCACCACGAUCGGGCCAAAUCCGUCUCCGACAUGAUGCAGCCGCCUGUCCAGGCUCCAGCACCUGCACAACCGCCCAGGCAAGAGCCGCGGAAACCAGACGCCUUUCAAGAGAGAAUUCUCAAAGGCGAUUUCUACAUGGAUUGA